CACACAGCCAGGAAAAGUUCAAAAGAAGAAGAAGAUAAUGAUGACAGGAACCGUGAUGGGUGUCACCAACGCCAAGGAACAAUCAGCCCUCGACCGAGCCCAAGAGGUCCGGCAAUUCGAAGACUCCAAGCUCGGAGUCAAGGGCCUCCUCGACUCAGGCGUCAAAUCCCUCCCUCCUCUCUUCAUCCACCCGCCAGACAUUCUACCCACCGCCAAGCCCGUUGGGUCCAAGCCCAAGUCGAUCCCGACCAUUGAUCUCUUCGGCUUUGACUCCAACCGGCGAUCCUUGGUUGUCAAGGAGGUUGCAAGCGCUGCUCGCGAGUUUGGCUUCUUCCAAAUAGUCAACCAUGGCGUGCCUCCGGAGGUCCUAGACCGAACAAUCAAGGCAAUGAAAGCGUUCCAUGAGCAGCCAACGGAGGCGAAGGCGAAGAUCUAUCGGAGGGAAUCAGAGACCGGCGUCGCGUUCUUCUCCAAUAUUGACUUGCUUCACUCCAAAGCGGCUAGCUGGAGGGACACGCUCCUGAUAAGGUCGGGCCCUAAACUAGCAGACUUGGAAGAGAUCCCUGAGGUGUGCAGAAAUGAGGUGAUAGAGUGGAAUCAGCAAAUCCAAUGGUUGGGAGGCCUCCUGAUGGGACUGUUGAGCGAGGGUUUAGGAUUGAGUCCGAGUAAGUUACAGGAUAUAACGUGCUUGGAGAAGAGAAACAUGGCAGGGCAAUACUAUCCGUGCUGUCCCCAGCCGGAUUUGACGAUCGGGAUUGCGUCCCACACCGACCCAGGAGUGAUCACGGUGCUCUUGCAGGACCAUAUCGGCGGGUUGCAGGUGAAGCACGGCGAUGAGUGGGUGGACGUGACGCCCAUUCCGGGUGCUCUCAUUGUCAAUAUUGGCGACCUCCUCCAGAUCAUGUCCAACGAUGAGUAUAAAAGUGUGGACCACCGAGUGCUGGCCAAUGCGAGCCCAGAAUCACGUAUGUCGGUGGCGGUUUUCUACUAUCCGAGCGAUUGUGAAAGCCUGUUUGGACCGUUUCCGGAGCUUGUGUCACCAGAGAAACCUGCUAUAUAUCAGCAAUUCAAGGUUGGCGAAUACCUGAAGACAUUCUACACAAACGAGUUGGAUAGGAAAUCCCUGAAAAAUCACUUCAAGGCAUGAUAUAAGAGGCAUAUAGGGCAUGAAAGAUGAUGCAAGAAUAAGAUGCUUCCUUUUUAUUAUUAAGAAGCAAUCGCUGAUUAAGUUGUAAGUUCGGUUUGGGUAUUUACCAAAUUCCAAGCCAUUGUCCUAAUUCCUACCAUGCGUGUGCAACUAUAUUAAAUAACGAGUCGUCUAUUUUUCUCCA